AUGUCUCCAACAACCCGCAUAGCCACCGCUAACCAAUCUUUCCGCGAUCUGUCGGAUAAGAUUGAACAUAUCCUUGGGCAAGCCUGCCAGUUGCAGCCCAAGGAUUCGAACCAUAUCUCACUUGCCACCAACAUGGCGCAGGCAAUAACUGAGGUCUUCAUGACACAUGGCGCUUUGGUGACAGUCUUGUCACCAUUAAUCCUGUCGGCCGCUGCCGAAUUGCAGGAGCACGUGGACGGCGACAACUCCGGCAUCAGCAGCCCGCCUGUGUGGACACAGAUCGGAGGGGAUGAUUGCCGAACUCAAGGCCAUCCCCUCUUCCCCGCCACACUCCAUUAUGGAAGUGAGUCUCGGUCGCCGUCCCCUCAAGCCGGCGCCUCAAAAGCUCCCGCCUUGCCUGCCAAAGAACGGGGGCGAGGAACUCAGCGUGGCAAGCGUCCCCGGGCCUCUAGCGCCCGUAGCCGAAGCCGCCCGGCAAUCUCCAAGAAGCAGCGCGGCAAGUCCAGGGCUAUCAUCACGACCGAUGAUGAGCUUGAUGAGGACUCUGACGAGGUGGCCCCACCGCCAACUAAACCCAAAGUUGCAGACCCACCAUCUCGCAAAUCCGACCGGUAUGUAGAGGUCACUACCGAGGACGAGAUGGACGCCGAUGAAGAGCGCGUUAUCACGGUCGCGCCGAAGAUGGGCGCUAAGAAAAUUACGAACUUUUCAGGUGCCAUCUUGACGGAAGAUGAGUUCGCCGAUACUUUGGCGCCCACAUGGGCUCCUCGCUGUGGCCAAUGUGUGGCCCGCGAUCUCAUCUGCCGUCAGGGCUUCAACAAGAAUAACGGCCGGACAUUGAAGGUUUGUGCGCUGUGCAGCCGCCUCAAGAUUCGUUGCGGUGGGAAAGGCUCCAACCCUCCCUCAGCCAAAGGCAAGUCCUUGGCUGCCCGCCAAGCGCGUUCUCAGUCCCGGCGCCGCCCUUCGCCGAUACAAGAAGAUCCAGCUCCAGACGCCAGCCCAUUGGUCGAGGAAGAGCUGGUGCCUCCUGCAACACCGGCGGUUGCCAAUCCCGAGUCGUCCCAAACGCUGGACGAUCCCAAGGCCGCCGGCCCAUCAUCCAUCUUGCCGCCAUCCUGUGUCGCCCAUGACCAGGAAAUGGAAGCGCUGAAGCUGGAAGUUGCCAGGCUUCAUUCGACCGUCGAAGUCCUGGUAGCGCAGGUGGUGGCAGGCGACCAGCUGCAACAAGCUGCGUACACGCGCUUGGAUGCGCAAGACAACCGCACUGAUCUGCUCGCCGGCAAGAUCGCCGACAUUCACCGCCUCGUCAAUCCACCUUCCUCGGCGCCCCCCACAGAUAUCGCCGCUGAUGAGUCUGAUGAGUUGGCUGCUGGUCCAGCCAAUGACGAGGAUUCGGCAUGCUUGCCAAUCGCCAUCAAGACUCCUGAGGCGGAGGACUCUAAUGUUUCUGGUGAGCCGGCAAUGUAA